GAGCUUUUGCACACAUGGUUAAUGUAGUCUCUCGGCUCACUCAGCGGUUAGGGACAUUGAAAGGAGUUCUUGAUGAAUUGGUGAGUGUGGGUUCUGUGAUAAAGCCACAGGUUUUAUUGCUCUUGUUGAGAAUUUACUGGCUCGGAGGAAUGCACGAUUUGGUUAUUGAGGCUUUUGGGGAGAUUCUCAGGUAUGGCUACACACCAAAUACUUUUGCUAGGAACAUAUUAAUUGAUGUGUUAUUCAAGAUCGGGUGUGGGAGUGUAGCACUUCAAGUUUUGAAGGAGACGUUGUACCCAAAUUUCUUAACCUUCAGCAUUGUUGUGUGUAAUCUAUGCACACUCAAAGAUUUGGUUAAUCUCCAAUCUGUACUUAGGAGCAUGUUGAGGAAAGGAUAUUAUCUUAACCCAGAGACAUUUUCAUCCGUAUUGAACUGUUAUUGCAAGUCAGGUCAAUUAUCAAAGGCUACACAAUUAUUAAGCCUUAUGAUUGUCUUGGGAGUUCCUUCCUCUGUCACUGUUUGGAGCAUUUUGAUUGAUGGAUAUUCUAAAUCCGGCAAACUUGAUUUUGCCGGUCAAUUGCUUGCUAAGAUGGUCUCUAGUGGACAUAAGCCUACUGUGGUAACAUGCACAACUUUAGUAAAGGGAUAUUUGGAAUCUCAUAGGCCUAGCCAUGCAUUCAAGAUCCUAGACACCAUGAAACAUAAAGGAUGCUACCCUGAUCUGGUCAUGUGCAACAUGCUAAUAGAUUGUCUCUCAAAAAUGGGGAGCUAUGAUGAUGCAAUUAUCAUUUUCUGUAGUUUAGGUGAACGUGGACUGACCCCUGAUUCUUA